CCCGCUUGCUUUGCGGUGGCAGCCCGCCUGCUUUGCGGUGGCAGCCCGCCUGCGACAGCGCGACAGCGCGAUGAACCGCAAGCUCCUCAUCUCGGCAAUCUCCAACCUUUCGACCGCCUACAACCUGGUCAUCAUCAACGUCUCGCACGUCACAAUUGCGUACCAGUAUUGCGGCGGCGCCGACGCCUGCUCGGCGCAGGUGGAGGCGGCAUCGACAGCGGUGCUCGUGGGUGCCAUCCUUGGCCAGCUCACGUUUGGCUACAUUGGCGACUGCGUCGGCCGGAGCGCCGCGCUCCGCCUCACGAUGGCGCUCUCGCUCUUCGGCGCGACCAUCUCGGCCGCGGCGGUACCGCUCGGAGGCGAUAGCUCGUCGGUGCUCACCUUUCUGGCGCUCUCGCGGUUCGUGCUCGGCGUCGGCGUCGGCGGCGUGUACCCGCUCUCCGCGACAAUCGCCACCGAGUCGUCGAGCAACGCGGAGCGCGGCCGGAACGCGUCGCUUGUCUUUUCGAUGCAGGGCGUCGCCAACCUGGCGGCGCCUCUCGUGUCGUGGGCCCUCCUCGCCGUCUUCGGCGUCCCCGCCACCGGCUCGGGCGGCGCAGAUCCAGGCCUCGCCUGGAGGCUCGCCCUCGCCCUCGGCGCCCUCCCCGGCCUCCUCCUCGUCCCGUGCAUGGGCGAGGGGCGGGGCGGGCAGGGCGGAGGCGCGCGGCCCACCGCCGACGAGCGGAUGUCGGCGCCCAUCGCAGCCCUGCGCGCCGAGGCGGGGCGGCCGGCGGGCCCCUCCUCCACCUUGCUGUCGACGCUGCGCCAGCGAAAGUACUGGUCCAAGCUCCUCGGCACCGCGGGCGGCUGGUUCCUCUUCGACAUCACCUUUUACGGCAACUCGCUCUUCCAGCCAACCGUCCUCUCCUCCGUCUUCCACGCGGCGGCCGGCGACGCGCCGCCGCUGCAGGGCGACCUCGCGCACAACCUCUGCGCGCAGAUGGCGGUGGUGGCGGCGAUUGGCCUCCCCGGCUACUACGUCUCCGUCUGGCUGAUGGACCGGGUCGGCCGUCGCCGCAUCCAGCUGCAAGGUUUCGCCUGCAUGGCCGCCGCCUUUGCCGCGCUCGGCCUUGCGUACGACAGCCUCGAGAGCGCGGGCGCGGGCGGCCGCGUCGCCAUGCUGCUCCUGUACGGGCUCACCUUCUUCUUCUCCAACUUUGGCCCCAACUCGACCACCUUCAUCCUGCCGUCCGAGACCUUCCCGCCCGAGGUGCGGACGACCCUCAACGGCUUCUCGGCCGCCAUGGGCAAGCUCGGUGCGACGCUCGGCUCCUCCGCCUUCAAGCCGAUGAAGGACGGCAUCUCUGCGGCGUGGGGGCCGGCGGCCGGCCUGCGCUGGACGAUGCUCGCGUGCGCCGCCGUCUCGCUCGCCGGCUUUGCGCUCACCUAUGGCUUUGUGGAGGACCGGCGCGGCAUCGCGAUGGAAGGCGCGGCGACGGCUCGGGAGGAGGACAACAACGGGGGCGCCAGUGCCGCCCCAAUAGAGGGCGGCCUUGGUGCGGCCUUCUUGACUGUGCCUGCCAAUGCGACGGCGGAGGCGAGAGUACGACGGGAGGCGGCGUGAAUCGGGAACGCAGCACAGCAAACAGAGAGCGGUCAGGGGAGCGCGUGGCGCCCGUAGACAGCUCAGCCGGGAGCCGAGCGCAAGACUGAGUCCCGAGCCUGCGUGCCACAGCGUCGUGCCAUAUCGGAUAAACCCCCAUAUGUGUGAUAUGUGGAACUGUUGUACUUGUUUAUGUGAAAAUCUCUUCGAGGUGUCAAAA